UUGUGCGGGUGGCAACGGAGUUCAACUGGAAUAAUGAUUCAUCGUUUAAAAAUGUGGCUUUUACUCUCAAGGACUGAAUGUGUUUCUCAAAAUGAAAAAACAAGUUGCGUGUUGAUUUUUUUAAUGAAAGAAGAUGAAGGAUUUGUACAGUGAUAAUGCGGGAUCACAAGUCCAGUGCUAAUGUGGAGAACCUGCUGAGGGAGUCUCAGAGGGAGUUACAGUGGAUCCAGAGACAGCUCGCCAUGAUUGCUGCCAGAAACUUGCACCAUCACCACCUGCAGAGCAAGGGCAAGUCCAGAUAUGAUGUUUCAUCUCAGCAAGCUACAGGCCACUCCACUGUCUACCACGCAAGCCGCUUUCGACUGCUGGAGGAGAGAAACCGAGCUCUAAAGCUUGAAGUAACCACACUUCGCCAGGAGAAACAGCAGUAUAAGAAAGUGAAAGCAAAGCUCCAUGCUGCCUUGCAGGAGAAAAAUCGUUUGAACCUUGAGUUGAUCAACCACCAUCUGAAGGCAUCCAAGUAUGACCAGGUGCAAUCCGACUAUGAUCGGCUGAGACAGACUUUUGCUGUAGUGAGUCAGGAGAGAGACGUGGCCCAGGAGCAGAGGAGCCAACUCCAGGAAAAAGUGGAUAACCUGGAACACGUUUUAAAGCAUAUGCAUGAGGCUGUAGAGCUAAAGCAACAGUUGCAGACAGAGCAUGAGCAAGCCUUGGUGGCCCUUCACACCAAGCAGAAGGAGAUCAAUCAAUUGCAAAAGGCUUGGGUUCAAACUGACCAAGAGCAUGAGGAAGCAGUACACCUGUUAGAGAACAAUAAGGACAGAAUGUUUCAGGUCAAGGUUCGUGACCUGGAGCAGGAAUGCCGGUCACACAGUGAACACUUUCACCAGCUGUCCAAAGAGCUGCUGAAUUUCCGCCUCCAGUCGGAACCUGUGAAUAUCCCUAAAAGUAAUACCACCUCUGCAUCCCAGAUCCCGCCCUCACCACAGAAGAAACUCUCGCAGGUCAGAUUCGAAGCCCAACCAGAGACAGGUGAUGAGAGUGCGGCAGACACGCCGCUGCUGAUAUCCCAGUUCUUGCCCUGCUCACCGCAGACUGGAGACGGAGAACCACCAGAACUGCUGUCUGUCAAAUCCAGCACCGUGACAACGGACCACCCCAUCCACCCCCGACAGUUUCCCUCAUCAGAGAUGGAGGAUGAGGCCAGCCCAUCACCCAGGUCCAAAUCUCGCUACACAGGCCAGGUCCGCCUUUGCACUGCCCGUUAUAGUUAUAACCCUUACGAUGGACCAAAUGAGCAUCCUGAAGCAGAACUCCCCCUUGUGGCUGGAAAGUAUCUGUAUGUGUAUGGAAACAUGGAUGACGAUGGCUUCUAUGAAGGGGAGCUGCUGGAUGGCCAAAGAGGACUUGUUCCUUCCAACUUUGUGGAGUUUGUCCAGGACAAGGAAAAACCAGGCAUUCAGGCUGGAGACGCAGGGGAAGAUCUCAGCUCACUUGAGCACACAUCCCUAGCCUUGAUGGCUGUGGAUGGAGGUGCCUCCCAGGAUGGCCUUCUGAGCUCAGCAAACGCUUUGGUUCACUGUAGCAAUGGGACAGGUGGGGCCUUGGAUCCUGAGGACCUGGCGGAAGACGUUGUGCCUUACCCCAGAAAGAUCACCUUGAUCAAGCAGCUGGCACGGAGUGUCAUCGUGGCCUGGGAGCCUCCACUAGUGCCUUUGGGCUGGGGGAACAUCUCUAGCUACAAUGUGUUAGUAGAUGGGGAGCUUCGUGCCAAUAUACCAUACGGUGGUCGGACCAAGUGUUUGCUGGAGAAGCUGGACCUGGACGGCUGCGUCCACCGUGUGUCAGUGCAGAGUGUCACGGACCGGGGCUUGUCAGAUGAGCUGCGCUGCACCUUGCUAGUGGGAGCCAAUGUGGUGGUGGCGCCGUGCGGUCUGCGCGUCGAUGACAUUCAGCGUGACACUGCCGAGCUCUCUUGGUUGCCUAGCAACAGCAACUAUGCUCACACUGUGUUCUUAGACGGGGUAGAGCACGCAGCGGUAAAACCGGGAAGGUAUAGACUACGGUUCCACAACCUGAAGCCCCUGACAGUUUACAAAGUGACGGUGGUGGCGCAGCCCCACCAGGUGCCGUGGCAACUGCCGCUGGAGCAGAGAGAGAGGAAGGAAGCCGGCGUGGAGUUUUGCACUCAGGCAGCAGGUCCAACACCAUUUUGCAGAACAGGGCCUCCGCUGCCACCCCAGGAUGUUCAGGUGCUCUGUGGGCAGGCUCCAGGGGUCCUGCAGGUCUGCUGGAAGCCCCCCAACAUCUCUCCCACAGGCACAUCCAAUGGGGCAAAUGUCAUUGGUUACGCAGUCUGCACUAAAGGGCAGAGGAUAGCUGAGGUGCUGUUCCCUAUGGCAGACUAUGUUACGGUUGAACUGACAAGGAUUCAAUGCCUCGAGGCCAGGGAGGUCAUCGUUAGGACACUGUCGGUCCAGGGAGAAUCCCAGGACUCUCAAGUUGCUGUCAUUCCAAACAACCUGCUUGUGCCUCUACCUCCGCUUCCCCUGCCACCACCAGUGCAUCCUCACACGGGCCCCCCUCCACACCCCCAUACUCAACCUCUCCUCCAAUCCCCUCACCUUCCUCAUCCCACACCCCAACUUCCCGCUCCACCACAUGGACAACAACUGCCGCCCCGUCCUCCCCAUGCUCAACCCCAUCCCAGACUCCCCCAUCAAGGUGGACCCCCGCAACCCCAGCUUCGUCCUCCCCAUCCCCAUCCGCAGCCCUUACAUCUUCAGCCUCGUCCACCCCACCAAGGUCCCAGGCCACAGCACCAACUGCCUCUGCUGCCCCACCCCCAACCCCACCUUAUACCUCUGAGACCAGUAAGUGCCAGAGACCUGGAUGCCAAAGACCAUGUGGCCCAUCACGGGGGAGCCAUUCUACCUGGCCAACCUGGCUGGGAUCCUACACGCUCUCCUUCUGUCCAGCCUCCAGUGCCCAUGCAAGGCCACACCCUUGAAGCCCCAUCACCUGCCAAUCCACGGUCUCCCUCACCCCAGAGGAUUCUUCCUCAGCCCAGAGGCACGCUUAUCCCAGACACUGUGGCCAAAGCUAUUGCUCGAGAAGCAGCUCAGAGGGUGGCAGCAGAAAGCGGAAAGGGUGACAGAAGGCAGGGCAGAUAUGGAGAACAGGGUCAUUCAUUUCACCAGCAUCACUCUGAUGAGGAAGAGGAAGACGAGGAAGGGUUUGCUCGCGGUCGACGGAGAGGACCCUCGGUUGACGAGUUCCUCAGAGGCUCUGAGCUGGGGAGGCCGCCUCACUAUAGUCACAAUGAAGAUUAUCACAGCGAAAGCAGCCGGGGCUCUGACCUGUCUGACAUCAUGGAAGAGGAUGAGGAGGAACUGUACUCUGAGAUGAAGCUGGAAGAGGGACGUCGACGCAACUCGCACAACACACCCAAGACAACAACCCCUGUUGGAGGCCGCCAUGAUCGGGAUAGUGGGAGACGAGCGCAUCACGGCGGUCCCCAGCCUCAGAGACGACCCCUAAUGGUCCCCUCCAUUGAGGUAACCUCUGAGAAUAACAGUGAGGGAAACCUCUCUCCCAUCACCGAGGAUGUUUACUAUGGCAGAGUAGCUCGACACAGGACCUGGUCAUCCCGCAGGCACAUGGGCGGCACCAGGUCUCCCCAUGAUGGCUACAGGGAUCGGGAUCGCCGCUCUCCCACGUACUAUGAUGAGUCGGAGCCAGAGGAGCCCUUUAGGAUCUUUGUGGCUCUCUUUGACUACGAUCCUCUGUCCAUGUCUCCGAACCCGGAUGCUGCUGAUGAAGAGCUGCCCUUCAAAGAGGGGCAGAUCAUUAGGGUGUAUGGGGAUAAAGAUACUGAUGGGUUUUACAGAGGUGAAGUGAAGGGCAGGAUGGGUCUGAUCCCCUGUAACAUGGUGUCAGAGAUACGAGCAGACGAUGAGGACACCAUGGACCAGCUCAUCAAACAGGGCUUUCUGCCGCUCAGCACACCUGUGGAUAGAAUAGAGCAAAACAGAAGAGGCCUGCGUCGAGAUCAGGCCUCCAGGAGGAUGGUGGCUCUGUACGACUACGACCCCAGGGAGAGCUCUCCUAAUGUUGAUGUUGAGGCUGAACUCACAUUUUGCGCUGGUGACAUCAUUGCUGUGUUUGGUGACAUUGACGAAGAUGGUUUCUAUUAUGGUGAGAUCAAUGGCCACCGCGGUUUGGUUCCCUCUAACUUCCUGGAAGAAGUGCCUGAUGACGUGGAGGUUUAUCUGACUGAUACUCCAUCCCACUACCCCCAGGAAGAGCCCGCCAACCGGCCUCCUGCCAACUCCAUCCCUGCCGUCUCAGAGAGCAAACGGGCUACCACAGAAACUACCGAAGCCGUCAACAAUGACACCACACCCGUCCGGGCGCCGUCCCCGAUUGUUCGCCCCCUCCUCCCUGGAACCAUGAGGCCCCUCAGCCCUACAAGGGGUCCCCACGUCCCAGUGGACCCCCGGGACUCUCAAGAUCUGGCAAACAAGAAGAAGAAAGGACUGCUUUCCAAGGGAAAGAAACUCCUGAAGAAACUCUCCCCUGUGAAAUAAAAGAACACAGAAACAAAAUUAAUGUACAGUAAGUGCUCAUGCUGGGCUCGGUGUAUUGCAUUCAUACAAUCAACUCUGAUCUAACAACACAUGACAGAGAGGAUGUGAGCUGUGUCUCCUUGACUGCUUGAGCCUAUUUCAGUGCAGUGAUAUAUAUAUUAAAAAAAAAAAAAAAAAAAAAAAAAAAAAGGUGGC